CCAAUCCAAUCUCAUCCGAUCGGAAUAACUUCUUUUCAUCUUUAUUUUUGUAUUUUUAUCAUUCGGCUUCGUGUUCUUCGCACGCGAGCGAUGCUGUGAACACAGCAGCAGGGGCCAGCUCGCGGCGUUCUUUUUUUCCUCGUGUAGUACUCUACCUGCGUGUCCCCUUUCCCGUGGCACUCCUCGUCCCGGGCUUGUCUAAUGUUCGAAAGGUGCAAACCCGUGUUAGGCGACGACAGCCCCUGCUUUCCGGCCUUUUAAAACAAGAUCCCCGAACGCCACAACCGUCCAUCCCCGCUUGCGCUCCAGACCAGCCCCCCACAUCACAACCACCCCAUUAUGUUUGCCUCCUCGGCCGUGCCCCUCUUCCUCGCGCUAUGUAUCCUUCACCUGUGCGACUCUACCCACAGCCUAGGCGACGUGAUUUACGCAAUUAAUGCGGGCGGCGAAGAGCAUGUGGAUGUGCACGGGAUCCACUACAAGCGGGACCCCCUGUUCGGCAAGACCGGCACGGCGUCGGACUACGGCAAGCUUCUAGUCAUUGGCCGAGUGCCGAAGAGUGACCACAUUCUCUACCAAACGGAACGCUACCACACGGCCACCUUCGGCUACGACAUUCCCGUGAACAAGGACGGAAACUACGUGCUCGUUCUCAAAUUUAGCGAAGUGUACUUCGACUCGCCCGGCAGAAAGGUGUUUGACGUCACCCUCAAUGGACAACAUGCAGUAAUCACUGGUCUGGACAUUUACAACAGAGUUGGCAGGGGAGUGGCGCAUGACGAAAGAAUUCCGUUUGUCAUCAAGGGAAACAAGCUGUUUGUUGGCAACGACGAGUCCACGCACGACGGCAAGAUCAAGGUGGAGUUCAUCAAGGGCUACAGGGACAACCCCAAAAUCAAUGCCAUCUAUGUGAUCAGGGGAACAGAAAAGGAUCUCCCGCCAGACCUGCCACCGAUUGAGGAGGCGGAGGAGGAGCAGGAGGAGGAGCUGGAGACGGACGUCCCUGUGGAGGCCCCCAGGACCCCGCAGCAGCCGAGGAGGCCUUCGGGACCCCGCUCUCCGAACCCCUACACGAGCGACGACAGCAGUGCCCUGCUGCCCAUCUUCGUGGCCAUUGGCGCUUUCAUCCCCCUGCUCUUCUGCCUCUGCAAACUCUGAACUGUAAACUCUGGAACUUCACGGGCUGCCCACAAAGUGCCGGGGCUGCAUCCAUGGACUGUGGCAUAAACCUAGCUUGGCUGGUGUUGCGCUUGUUGAGCCUAACUAGGCCUAGUUGGUCUUGGUUAGGCUUAAUUAUACCUAGCUGUGCUUGAUUAGGCUUAAUGAAACCUAGCUGCUGUUGGUUAGGCCUAAUUAGGCAUAGCUGGGCUUGGUUAAGCCUAUGUAAACCCAACUGGGCUUAGUUAGGCUGGGUUAGACCCAACUUUGAUGGGUUGAACCUCUGGGGCGUACAUUCAUACCUGGUUCAGAUAUAGUUGCGUUGGUUGGGUUCAGAGUGACAUAAACGGCAGCAAUGACAGAAUCAACAGGGCAAAUGUUUCCUGCACAGAAUGUGACAAGCAAUGCAAGCAGUAGCUUUGUAAAGCUAUCACGGUUGUCUUGGUGUCUCUGCCGUUGCUCGUUUUGGUUGGUGUGGACGCAACCGACAACAAUGUCUGAACAGCCUUCAGAAAAGCGUGGGGUUUCUGGCAUGCGACGAAAAUUGCCAUAUGCAACAUUGGGAGCGAGAAUUCACUUAAGGAGUAUCUCUGAUUGUGAACAUACUUAUAUUUUAUUGAUUUGUUUAAAAAUGCUGAAUAUAUAACAGUUUUUGAGGACCAUUGCUUGGAUUAGUGUCAAUAGUUUGACGUUACAGCGCGAGGAACUAUUAUCUAAUGGAUGUAAUGAGGUAGGAUUGGCUAACACAUCACGCAGAUUUUUCAGCCAAUCAUUAUCGAGACAGGUUUCUUGGUCCCCUUUUUCCAUCUUUAAAAACCAUGUUUUUAAAGAACAUUUCAGCUUUAUACCGCAAUCAGAGAAAUGUUCCGGUGACUGAAAUUGUGGUACUCUUAUGGAAGCAAUUGUUGUGUGACCCCACACUUUUCCGAAUACGACAUUCUGUUACACUUUGUCAGUUUUGACUCAUUUUGGCCUGAUUUAGGUGAGCUGGGCAGUCUUGUGUGCCGGCCUUAUGCCAAUAUGAUGCGCAAAUGAGUGUGUGGGAGAAGCAAGAAGGCCUGUGUUUUGAGUAGCGCUUAAUUGUAUGGUGCACUCUUUGAAUGUCUAGCUGUCACGAUGCCACAUUGUGUACAAGUUUGGGGUGUUCACUUGUUCCAUCAGGCUUUUCUUUUUCGAGGGGGAGGGGGCGAAGGUUUGUCUCGACAUAGUUGGUUUAGGUUGAUGCAUGCAUGUGUGUGUGUCUGGUGUGUGUUAGAAGACAACUCUGACAUUGUUCUUGUUUUUUUUUCUUAUAUUUUGGGUUGUUUGUAUUUGGUGAGCACAUUUUUCAUUACUAUUUUUCUGCUUCGUUCACAUGUAGGUAGGUUGGUUUACACAACCAUGUUGCUGGGUAGCUUUUUUUUUUAAUACCUAAUCUAUCCAGAUUUUUUUUUUUUCAUUCAUGGAAGUGUUUUUUGGGUAUUAACGGGUUAAAGCACUUGUCCCUAUUUCUGUAUGUUUAAUUCUUGGUUGUAAAUAGAAAGAAACUAGGGAUGCAGAAGAAACUGCACUUUGCAAAUAGUACUACACAUUUCUUCUUUGCUACAGGCCAUCACUCUGACACUCUUCCCUGGCUGUGCUUGGAAAGGGAGUGGUUUCUGAAAUUCGUCUAAAGGCAUUCAUUUCACCCUUAUCUUUGAGAUGAGACUGGUAUGGGUUAACAUUUUAUAUAGUCACUGCUUCAGUCCAGUUUCUGUUAAAACAGAAACUAACCUCAGUCUGCAAGCACCAGAGUCUCCUGAUCUUAUUAGUACUAAUCAAGUAUUAUUUACCUACACUCUUUCAUUGUGACAUUGCCACCCUUGAUGCGGUAAUCAUACCUUACUGCCCACGUAAUUGCUUUUCUCCUGGUGAAUGUCUAGCUCCUACAAAUUUGUUUCAAUCUGCUUGGCAGAAAAUCAUUUUUUUUUAAUGUAUAAAAAAGUUGACACUAACAUUUUUAUUUUACCCCAUUUUUCAUGGUUGUGUGUGUUCAAAACAUGCAUUACAUUAUCUGGAGUGAAAGGGAUACUUUCUGAACGCUGUUCCUCGUACAAAUGUUGCUGGGCUCCCCUGUGCAUACAAAACGCUGCAUUUCCAUUCUCCAUGCUACCUUCAAUUCGUCAAUAUGCUUUCCUAAACGACACGCUCGCUCGGACAUCACGUAAGUCAUCGUUGUGAUUGCCCCAUCUGUUUGAGUUCAGCUCAGCAGAUGCCGACCAUUGCUACUGCAUGUUGUCAGUGGCAUAUAAUAUAUGAGAUAGUGACUUGCAUUUUAUCUUUUAAAUGCAAUAACCAAGUUUCCAGGCCAUGUGAAGACAGUGUGCUAUAUAAUAGUACCAUCUAGAUUGCUUUUGCAGUUUAUUUAUUUCAGUACAAUUUCCAGGGGUUGCAAAAAAAUUGAUGCAGCAUACAGUCAGGAUUAAAUAUGUUUUUUUUUAUGAAAUCGGUAUGUGAUAUGUGUACUUCAGUACGGAGUGGCUCAACAGUAUCUGCAUUUUUAGAAAUAAAAAAAAAAAAAAUCUGAA